AACAAAGAAAUCCAUCCUAACCCAUGCAACAGCCUCCUUUCACUGCCUCCUGCGUCUGAGGUAGACUAAUCUUAUAGGUCAAAACUUUGAAUUCGGACUUGCCUAUAGGCUGAUGGACUUGUCACAUUUGAACUAAUUUCUUCCGUAUCGGAAAAACUGAAGACGCAAGACAAGACAAUCUUUAACAAUUGGCAAAGUUGAUGUUGGAGUUUACAAAGGCAUUGAAAAGACAUAUGAAGGAGCCCCAGAUGAACAUGGAGAGCCUGAGCAAGCCAGAUCUGCUGAUGCUCUUCAGUGUCCUGGAGGGAGAGCUGGAGGCUCGUGACCUGGUCAUCGAGGCCCUCAGGGCCCAGUGCAGAGAUACAUAUGUGGAGAAGCGCUAUGGGAAGUACAACCUGAGCGACCCGUUCCUGGCUCUGCAGAGGGACAGUGAGGCGUUGGGGGGGCAGAGCCCUGGGGUCCACCAGGCUUCAGCCUGCUCUAGCCCCCUGGUUGUGCUCAAGCAGGUGGUCACCCACUGCAGGAGGAUGCAGGAGAAGAUGCUCGCCCAGCUAGCUGCAGCCGAGAGCAGUCACAAGAGGGUCAUUGCAGAUCUGGAGGAGGAGAGGAGAAGGCAUGCAGAGGACACCGCUGAGGGCGAUGAUGUCACUUGCAUCCUGGAAAAGGAGAGGGAACGCCUCUUGCAACAGCUGGAGUUUGAGCGGGGCCAGGUGCGUCGUCUGGAGAAGGAACAGAAGAGGGUCCUGGAGCAGCUGGAGGAGGAGCGGGUGCAGCACAAGCAGCUCUCCUCUGCCCUGGCCAAGGAGUGCAAGUGGGCCAGCCAGCGGGCCCUGGAGGUGGACCACCGCCUGGCUGAGGCAAACCGUAGGCUGGAGAAGGAGCAGGGGGAGAUCUUGGCCCUGAGGGCUGACCUACAGAAGGAGAGGAGGAGGGCCCUGCAGAUGGAGGCCAGGGUGGAGGAGCGGCUGGCUGAGUUUGACAUGGAGAAGGAGCAGCUCCGCUCUCGGCUCAAGAGGGAGGAGGCCCAGUGCUGCCUGCUGCAGGAGCAGGUGGAGGCGCUGAGGAGAGAGCUUCAGGAAGAGAGGGGAGCUGAGGAGGUGGAUGAGAGGAGAGGGUCACCACUACUACGACCACCACCACACUCCAGCCAGGAAGAGGGGGGUGAAGAGCCUAAAGUCAACGGUCACGACUGCCUCAGGGAGGACGCCCUUCCACACAGACUGGGCCUGGACAACCGGAGUGAGAACAGCAGCCCUGUCCUGCUGUCCCCUGCCCUCCUGAACCAAAGCCUGUCCCCCUGCAGCACGGGGUCCUCCUCCCUCACCUCCUCCCCGUGCUCCUCUCCUCAGCUGGCCAAACGGCUGGCCCUGGCCACCAGUCCCAGCUACCAGUCCUCCUACCAGGCAGGCAUCAACCAGCGCUUCCACGCUGCUCGCCACAAGUUCCAGGGCCACACUGAUCCAGAGCCACAGCAGGAUGGAAGAGGAGGUGGCAGCCUACCCCACUCCCCUAGAGACCUGUCCCCGUCCCCUGAGUGCAUCCCCGUCCCUGUCCCCAGCCCGGCCAAACAUCUGGCCCGCAGCACCGUCACCCACGUCCUGUCCCGCUUCACAGUCCAGCAGGGGGCCAAACCUCCGCCACCCAACAGCUCUCCCUUCGGCACUGACUACCGUAACCUGGCCCUGACCCCCUCCUCCCCGGUCAUCCCCAGGGCCUCUGGUGCUGCUCUGCCUCUGGGGAUCUGCUCCCCAACCAUCCCCCGAGCAGACAGGGGCAACCCGCCCCCCAUCCCCUCUAAGAAGCCUGGCCUGGCCCAGUCUCCAGCGCCAUCCAUCCCUGGUACCAGAGCCAGCCACUUUCCUGAGCUGUCAGGAAGUUGUGGUCUCACCAGCGGCCAGGAGAAUGUUAAAGAGCUGGACAUGGUGGUUUCCUCCGUCAGUUAGCCUAGCCUCCUAC